CGGCAAUUUUAUUGAACCAUUCACAGACGACGAUCAUUUAUUCAUCCCUCCCCCCUCAUCACAUUAAACAACUUGAACAAACUUGAUCUCGUCGUAUUGAUUGUCAUUAUUGCGAUACUAAUUAAAACAAAAACAACAAACAAAAACGUUCGAAUUAUUAUUGCGAAUCAAGAAUCGUUACAAAUUAUUCAUUUUAUUUUCUGUUUUGCGAUUUUUUUGAAGAAACUUGCUUUUUCUACAUAAUUGAUUGAUAAUAAUCAUUAUGGAAACAACCGAAAAUUUAAGUAAACCAAUUGAAAAUUUAAGCAAAAAACCUGCUAAAGGUAUUUUGAAAACAACAUCAAGCUCAGAACAUCAACAACCACCACUUAAUAGACAAAAUUCUCAGGAUAAGGAUAUCAAAUGGGAUGAAACAAAUAUUUUACAAACAUUACAUCCAGCCGAUAAGGAUUAUGGUCAUAUGAAAAUCGAAGAACCAAAAACUCCAUAUUCAUAUUUUGUUGAAGAUGAUGAUGGACAAUGUCAUUCAGAUAAUGAAAUGGCACCCGAAAUUGAUCCAGAUAAAUUAUCAAAAUUAAUUGAUAAAACAACAACAAGUUCAACAAAAUCCAAAUUUACAUUCGAUGCAAUGGAACAAGAUGAUUCUGAUCAAAGUGAUUUCGAAGAAAUCGAAAAUGAAACCGAAGAAGAACGUAUGAGACGAAAAGAAUUUGAACAAAAACGUAAAAAACAUUAUAAUGAAUAUCAAAUGGUAAAAUUGGCAAGAAAAUUAUUGAAAGAUGAAAUGGACGAAAUUGAAGAUGAAGAAGAUUGAUUGAUUGUUUCAGCAGCUAAGUAUUAGCUUUCAUCAAAAUACAACUUUCAAAAAAAAAACACAUUUGAGUAUCAUCAAACUUUAUUCGUUUCAUUUAAUCAAUUAGCAAUUAGCCAUUCAUUGAUGAAAGAGUAUUGGUGUUUAUCUGU